UAGAUCUCAUAAACGGUACAGAUUCUGAUGUGCUUCUGUGCACGGAACAGUAACAAAUGAGCUGCUUCUGGGGCGAGCCAGAGUGCUCAGUUGGUCAGUAGUAAAGUAGCAGACUCACAUGUGCCGAUUGUUCCUGUGAGGAGUAUCACCAUGGGGUCUACUGCUACAGAAAUUGAAGAAUUGGAAAGCACCACUUUUAAGUAUCUCAUAGGAGAGCAGACUGAAAAAAUGUGGCAGCGCCUGAAAGGAAUACUAAGAUGCUUAGUAAAACAGCUGGAAAAAGGUGAUGUGAAUGUUGUAGACUUAAAGAAAAAUAUUGAAUAUGCAGCAUCUGUUUUGGAAGCAGUUUAUAUCGACGAAACAAGACGACUACUGGAUACUGAAGAUGAGCUUUGCGAUCUUCAGUCAGAUUCUGUGCCAUCAGAAGUCCGGGACUGGUUGGCUUCAACCUUUACAAGGAAAAUGGGGAUGGUUAAAAAGAAAUCUGAGGAAAAACCCAAAUUCCGGAGCAUUGUUCAUGCUGUUCAAGCUGGAAUUUUUGUUGAAAGGAUGUACAGAAAGUCCUUUCAUAUGGUUGGCUUGGCAUAUCCAGAAGCUGUCAUAGUAACAUUAAAGGAUGUUGAUAAAUGGUCUUUCGACGUUUUUUCCUUAAAUGAAGCUAGUGGAGAACACAGUCUGAAGUUUAUGAUUUAUGAACUGUUUACCAGAUAUGAUCUUAUCAACCGUUUCAAGAUUCCUGUUUCUUGUCUAAUUGCCUUUGCAGAAGCUUUAGAAGUCGGUUAUAGCAAACACAAAAAUCCGUAUCACAACUUGAUUCAUGCAGCUGACGUCACUCAAACUGUGCAUUACAUAAUGCUUCAUACAGGUAUCAUGCACUGGCUCACCGAACUGGAAAUUUUAGCAAUGGUGUUUGCUGCUGCCAUUCAUGAUUAUGAGCAUACAGGAACCACAAACAACUUUCAUAUUCAGACAAGGUCAGAUGUUGCCAUUUUGUAUAAUGAUCGCUCAGUCCUGGAGAACCACCAUGUGAGUGCAGCUUAUAGACUUAUGCAAGAAGAAGAAAUGAAUGUCUUAGCAAAUUUAACCAAAGAUGACUGGAGGGAUCUUCGGAACCUAGUGAUUGAAAUGGUUUUAUCUACCGACAUGUCAGGUCACUUCCAACAAAUUAAAAACAUAAGAAACAGCUUGCAGCAGCCUGAUGGGAUCGACAGAGCCAAAACGAUGUCCCUGAUUCUCCAUGCUGCAGACAUCAGCCAUCCAGCCAAAUCCUGGCAGCUGCACCAUCGGUGGACCAUGGCACUGAUGGAGGAGUUUUUCCGACAGGGAGAUAAAGAAGCUGAGUUAGGGCUUCCAUUUUCUCCACUUUGUGAUCGAAAGUCAACCAUGGUGGCACAGUCACAAAUAGGCUUCAUUGAUUUCAUAGUGGAGCCAACAUUUUCUCUUCUGACAGACUCAACAGAGAAAAUUAUUGUUCCUCUUAUAGAGGAAGCUUCAAAAACAGAAACUUCUUCCUAUGGGCCAAGCAGACGAUCCAAUAUGAAAGGCAGCGUGAAUGAAGGGACCUACUCUCCAGAUUACUCCCUUGGAAGUGUGGACUUGAAGAGCUUCAAAAACAACCUGGUGGACAUUAUCCAGCAGAACAAAGAGAGGUGGAAAGAGUUGGCAGCACAAGGAGAAUCUGAUCUUCAUAGGAAUUCAGAAGAACUAGUAAAUACUGAAGAAAAACAUGCUGAAACACAUUCAUAGGUCUGAGACAACUUAAAGGCUUCUAUCAUUUUAAACAUGAGAGGAUAAGAAUAACGCUAAUAUACUCUAAACACUCAACUUCCAAAAUGCUUUAUUCUCUAUUUUCAACAUGCACUUAGAUCAGAUUAUUUCUGUGGAGUCCAACAUAAGAAACAAAUAAGAAGAACGUAAAUUCUGAUCUAGCAACUCUGACCAAGUAAAUAGCAAAGCUGCUAUCAGAUUUUUUAGCCAGAGCAUCUGCCAUAUUUUUCUCUAUAUAAUGUUUCCUUCUUCAAUCAAGCCAGAAAUACUUUAAGGACAAUGUGAACAGUUAAAAUUUUCAUCACCUUGUAUUCAAUUAUAGCCAGGUGUUUAUGAAAUAUAUCACAGAAGAAAAGUCACUUAAAAUUCUUUCUUUCUUUUAUAAAAUAUCAGAUUUAUAAUUAUUUCAACUCUUACAUAAAAUGAGAGUAAAAAAACAAAAUUAUUUGAAAAAAAAAUUAAAGCUCAAAAGAAAAGGCUAUUUAGAUUAUCCUUGUUAUUUAAAUAUUCAGGUACAAAGCCAGACAUAUAGUUGAUGUCCUAUAACUUCAGUGGAGCAUAACAGCCGUGGCUAUGUGACCUGAUGAACAAUCUAUUGUAACUCUCACUGGAAUAGCAUGGCAAAACCUGUUCUUGAAACCACUGGAUCAACCUUCAUCUGCCCCCAGGGUGUUGAAGCACUAACGCAUCAACUUCCAUAGGAUCAUCACAAUGCAAGUCACAUGUUAUCUACCAUCCAAGCUAAUGAGCGCUUUCAGCAAUUGUUGAAGAUGGACACCAAAACUGAGAAUGGAAUUUGCCAUCUGGUGUAUUGAUCCCUUCAGGAUACAACAAAAUAUAUUAUAGACCAAGGGAUUUGAGACAAGAAUUGCACAUGUGUCAGAAAUACUUCUGAAAAUUGAAACCCACAUUCUUUCUGUACAGAUAACAUUACUUGAUGAGACUUCAUAAUUUUACUAUAAAGCAGCAAACUUCAACCCUUGGAGACUCUGCUUCCUUGUCAGUUUUUGCCUGAGCAUGUGCAAAGCCUGUCCUUUGCUCCAAACUGCAGAACUACUUUUAUUUGUUAUCAGAGGACAAGAAAGCUCAAGCAGGGUUAGGUGCUGUAAAUUUCAAAUGUAUAAACUCGCCAAUGAUUGUGAGAUGAAGUGAGUUUGUCUUUGAGAGAGGUAGACGUUGAAUGGAAAGCUUCAAAAGUAGCAUCAAAGAGUAAAAGUGAGGGUACAUAUAUCCUAAUGAGUUUUCUGUUGCACCUGCUUCCUUCCUGGGUUCAGUAAUGCUAAGCAAUAUUUUAUAAAUGAAUAUAAUCAGAAGCUUUUAAGUCUAAAUUAUGAGAUUUUAUAAUUAAUAACUUGGAUUUCUUUUAACGUAAGCCAUAUCAUGUAUUCAUAUAGUUAUGCAUCGUAAUUUAAGGUCCGUUUGUGAAUAGAUUGUGUAUAAAUGCUUUUACAUGUUCUGUGAAUAAGGUCCUUAGCUUUUGCUUCACUUGACUUUUGUGUAGAACUUAAAUAGUUUAAUUGUGUCAUAAACAUUAUAAUGCAAUUGAUAUUUUAAAUGUAAGCCGUGAAGAUUAAUCUCUAAUGAUAAUGCUAGUGGAAGAUUUAUAGAUAUGUAUAUCAUGGUGAUUUGUGCCCUUUAAAAAUGGGCCUUUAUUUCUAUUUAUGAAGAAGCGAUAACUACUGUUUUUUGUGUCUUUUUUAAAGUAGUUAUUAACUGGCUAUAAAAUAUUCUGCUUUAAAAAUAGAAUCUACUAGGAAGUCUAAUUCCUAUUGUUCUCAUUUGAGCCAUUGUCUUUCGGUGAAGUUAUAGAACCUCUCUAGGGAGAAAUAUUAAAAGCAGCUUCUCAAUUAUCAUAAAAACAUUAUCUACUUUGUUCAAAUGAAUACUUUAAGAUCUAUAGCCUUGUUAGUGAAAAUAUAGGAAUAUAAGGAGUUCAUCAAUUUUUGCAUAUGGGCUUUUACCUAAUUUUCAAGGUUAUGUGAUCUAAAGAGCACUGUGACUGAACUUCCAGGGGGAGUGAAAAAAUCAUGUUCCAUUUCUUUGCAAGAUAUAUUGUGCUGCUGAUCAACAAUUUAGUUUCCUAAUCUCUUUCUUACAAUUUCCAUCUUGCUUUUGUCCUUCCUACUUCUCUGCCUUUUGAUUUAUUCCUUCCCUUCCUCUAUGAGACACCCACUAAUUAGUGUUAAUGAGCAAAAAUAAGAAAAGAGAUUGCAAUUGACGAUCCUUUCUGCAUGAGUCCAUUCUGAAGGGAAGAAUUGAUGAGUCAGGCAGGUCGCUGAACCUUGAAUUUCGCACUUUGUAUUUUUCUCUUAAGCUACCCAAAAUAUAUCUUAUGAUUUCAUAUACCUUUUCACACUUUAAUUUUUAACAUGACAAGCUACUGUGUUUUAUCUGCUGUAACUCUCUUUAUUUCCUAUUAUCUAUGGCUGUAAAUAAAUCAUACUUGAGGAAUA